AAGAUAAUUUUGUUGAGACGUCAGCGCAUAUUCACUUGAUAUUAACAACAGUGAACAUUCAAAUCAAAUUCGAUCGAAAUGACGGCAAGAAAAGCGAUCGAUGCUUGGUGUCAGAUGGCUGUGCCGGAUUUUUUAAGGAAAAUUCCUGAAGUUAAAAGACUUUUGAUUCAGUCGAAAACACCUAUGGCUGCAAUGGAAAAAGGGUUAACUGCCGAACAGACUAUCAGUUUGAUGGACAAAGCCGGUGUUGAUAGACUUUGUCUCAGUGCAUGGUAUAGACCGGGCCAUCACACGGUGAUUAGUAACGAAAUGAUUUACGAAUGGACAAAGAAAUAUCCGGAGAGGUUCAUUGGAAUCGGAGGAGUUGAUUUGCUUCGACCGAGGUCCGCCUGUACGGAAUUGGAGAGAGCAGUGAAAGACUAUGGUUUCAAAGGACUUCGUGUUAUUCCGUGGCUAUGGAAUCUGCCUCCGAACGAUAAGCACUAUUAUCCGUUGUUCGUUAAAUGCAUCGAGUUGGACAUUCCAUUCUUUACUCAAGUUGGUCACACGGGUCCCCUGAUGCCAUCUGAAACUGGCCGACCAAUUCCAUACUUGGACGAAGUGGCAUUGACAUUUCCCGAACUGAGAAUUGUCGGAGGCCACAUUGGUUAUCCAUGGACCAAUGAAAUGAUAAGCAUGUGUUGGAAGCAUGAAAAUGUCUACUUAGACACGUCCGCCUAUCUGCCUGCGUAUUAUCCAUCGGAAUUGAUUCAUUACAUGAAAACGUACGGCCAGGACAAGGUGUGUUAUGGAACUAAUUUUCCGCAACUGCAGUGGAAACAAACAAUGGAACAGGUUGUCGCUCUAAAAUUGUCGCCGGAGAUUGAGGAUAAAUUUUUGUACAAAAAUAUUUGCAAAAUUCUUAAAUUAUAAAACGAUCGACAC